AUGGGCAUGAGCCUCGGCAACAUGGCCAGGAUGCUCAGGUGCGCCGGCAACAGGGGUGGCGACGCCAUCGCUUUCAUGUUCGAGCUCCCCAGUAUGAAGAAGAACGGAGUGAUCUUUGAGGCAGAACUUCAUUGUAAAAAGCUCACGCUCUUCUUUUUCAUCACGAAGAAGGAACAGACUGCAGAACCAUUUAUAGAUUUCGAUGUGUUCAUUGACCAAGACAAGAUUGCCGAUUUCGAGAUGAAGCUGAUGGACAUCGACAGCAAACAUCUUGGUGUGCCAAAUACGGGUUACCAAUCGAUUGUGAGGAUGUCGGCGGCCACGUUUGCUAGGAUAUGUAGAGAUCUCGGCAGCAUCGGGGAACCAGUUGUUGCAGUCGUAAUAUUUGUGACAAAAGAAGGCGUGAAGUUUUCCACUAGAGGUGAUAUCGAGACUGCCAAUAUCAUCUGCAGACAGGACACUUCUGUGGACAAGCCAGAAGAUGCUACUAUCAUCAAAAAGAACAAGUCGGUUUCCCUGACCUUUGCACUGCGGUACAUGAACUCAUUCACCAAAGUGACACCGUUGGUUAAUCAAGUGAGAAUCAGCUUGUCCUCUGAUCCGUCAGGGGUUGUGGAAUACAAAAUCGUAGACAUGGGUUACGUAAGGUUCCAUUUGGCUCCAAAGCUCAAGGAAGAGGAGGAGAAUGAAACUUAUGCGACUAACUGGCCGCCUCAAGCAGAGACCAAACCAAAGGUGGAGCCGAAGGCAAAAUCAGAAUCAAAGUCUCAGAUGGACAGAAUGGCUGUUGAGGAGAUUGAUGAUGCAGGGGCAGGGACUAAAGUCAAACCGGAAGUCAGAGAUGGCGGUUGUGCCAGUUGA